UCUACAUUCAUGUCCUCUUUGAAACGCAAACGAGAUAAAGAUGACUCUGGAAUAACCAACCACAAUGCAACUCGUUCUGUUCCCCUUCCGGCAGACAGUGCUCCUGACGGGCCGUUAAAUGUUACCGACAUCCUCAGCCGGCUGAAGUGCCUGCUGGACCUUUCCUCCCUCACUGAACAUGCCGACCUAUCUGUGCGCUUUAUGGAUAUCGCAGAAAUCCUUUUAAACGGCGUUCUCCUUCGUCUCACCGCGAAUAGCGCGACCACCGACUUCGAGAUUCUCGAGCUGGAGUUUUACCUCUUCAAGUCGGGAUGCCACGAAGACCCUUUCACGCACGGCACUGAAGAGCAGCGGCAGAGUGGGAAGUGGUACUUCCACCGUGCCCCGCGACGCACCAACUCCGAGAGUACUUCGGCCGUUCGCGUUGCAACGGCAGCAGGCGGAUACAGAGGCGGCACUCGCAAGGGCCUCGACCUGACAUUCGGCGGACCCGUCUCCUCGGCAAGCACUGGCGAAACGACCUCUCGUUACUUCCCUGGGGCUCCGUCCCAAGAUGCCGCUCCGCCCGCUCAAAGGGCGCUCCGUGGCGGUAUCCUCCUGCGCACACUACGGAAUCGAGAGACUUCCAAGAUGUUUUCGGGCCCUAGUCUCCUGGUAGACGAGCUCUUGCGACUCAGCAACGCAGCGAACAUCGCUCAACUCGUCAAAACCAUGUGGAUAGAAGAUAUAAAUGCGUUCCCACCCCUCGCAGUCUCCGCAGAGCCAGUUACAUCUCUCCGCCUGUGUGCACGAGAUGCACUUGAGAAGCCUGUCAGAAAGGUUUACCGCUCCCCACGUAUUGGCUUAGAUCUAUCGAAUCCCGGCAUCCCUCCUCCUGCAGGCUCAGACAUCCACGCGACGCUUGCUCAUCCGCGCACUUUCUUCAUAUCCAAGCGAUAUAGAUACUUCGUCGGACCGACACUGCUAACAUCUAACGGGCGCGGACAUACACUUCUUGGUGUCUACGAAGACCUUGUUCAAAAUGGCGACCUCUCCGAGGACAAGUUAAUUGUGCGCCUGGAAAGUACGACGGGGCUGAAGCUGGCCACAAUCGUGAAGUACCUGGGCGAAUAUCGUGCGGGCGGAACGAGCAGUCUACGCUCCUUCAUCGGUGCGCAAGGCAAGGGUUCAGGCUCUUCACCUGUCACAUUUCUUCGUAUGCUUGGAUGUCUCGACGCGGUGCAGAAAUAAUGAUACGGUUUUGAGCAGUAAAGGAUGCAUUGGUUUGGUUUAGAAUAUAUUAUGGACUGCGAUUAUGUACAUACUCUAUCCGGUCCAGUAAAGUUGAGAAUCUUGAGAUAAUCGUGC